AUGGCAAAGCUAACAAACUGGGAUAAGUUUGUGCUGCUUCUGUGGAAGAACUGGAUCCUCCAAUGGAACCACAAGAUUCGGACUGUCGUAGAGCUGGUGCUCCCACUUUUAUUUACUUUGCUUAUUGUCUUAAUGCGCCUUAAUCUCUCUAAUUCUGAAGAAAGUUUAAAAGUCUAUGAAGAGAAGGAUGUGAUGAAUUCCUAUGGCAUGCCUUAUAAUAUAACUAUAUGCUACUCGCCGUCGAAUGACAAGCUGGAUAAUUUGGUUAAAAAUGCGUUUAGGGAUCUCAAUGUCAAAGAAUACGCCUCGUCGAAUGGCGCCCAACUAGAAUUGGACGUCGUUCAAAAGAGACCCUUCGCAGGCAUCCAGUUCGAUGAUGCUUGGGCCAAUCUCACGGAUCACAUUCCCGAUAACUUUCAAUUUUCGCUGCGAUUUCCAUCAAUAACGCGACAGAAAAAACAAACAUGGCUUACAAAAAACAUGUUCCCCUCAAUUCAACUUCGCGGACAACAUAACUAUUUAGCUCCAGGAUAUUACCAAGAGGGUUUUCUGGCCUUGCAACAGCGACUAUCGUUGGAAUAUAUACGGGAAAAGUCUGGACGUUCUGAACUGCCCAAAAUAAUAAUGGAACACUUUCCCUAUCCCGCCCACACAAAAAAUGAGUUCUUACCGUGUUUGACCCUCCUAUUACCGAGUUUUAUUAUACUAAGCUUCCUCUAUCCCUUCAUGUGUGUCACCAGGUUCAUAGCCGCCGAGAAGGAAAAACAACUGAAGGAGGUUAUGAAAAUCAUGGGACUGAGGAACUGGCUUCACUGGACGGCUUGGUUUGUCAAGACUUUUAUACCGCUCACUAUUUCCGCCAUAUUGGUUACUACAGCACUCAAGGUGGAUACGAGAUAUGGGGCCGUUCUGGAAAAUAGUAGCUUUACAGUCGUCCUCUUCUUCCUGAUUGUAUACAUCAUUGCAAGUAUAUGUUUCUGCUUUAUGAUGGCUACUCUGUUCUCAAAGGCCAGUACGGCUGCCACAGUCACAUCAUUUAUAUGGUUAAUUGCGUACAUACCAUAUUUCUUCAUAUUUAACCUUGGCUUGUACACCAAGUUGGGCUGGAGCUUGAUUCCGAACACUGCCAUGAGCUUGGGCUUCAAGGUCAUCGUGAACUUUGAGGAAGUCGGCGAUGGCUUGCAGUGGAGUACCCUCUUCUCUCCCGCAUCCGAGGGCGAUCCUUUGACAGUGGGCGCCGUGAUCAUAAUGAUGUUGGUUUCCAGUAUUAUGUGCAUGAUUAUUUGCUUGUAUAUCGAACAAGUAAUGCCGGGUAAUUUUGGAGUCCCGCGGCCCUGGAACUUCCCAUUUACCAGGGAGUUCUGGAGCAUCGAAAGUAUCGAAAGGAAAAACGAAGAUUUGGAUGGCAUUGACAUGGCUCAACUUCAUCCCAAGGCUUUUGAAAUGGAACCGGAAGGGAAACACAUUGGAGUACGAAUAAAAGACCUCAGAAAGAAGUUUGCUGACAAGACGGUGGUAAGGGGCUUGACAAUGAAUAUGUUCAAGGAUGAAAUUACGGUGUUACUGGGUCACAAUGGAGCUGGCAAGACGACCACCGUAUCGAUGUUGACCGGAAUGAUUCCACCGACGAGCGGCGCAGCGCUUAUAAAUGGCUAUGAUAUCACUGCGAAUACAGAAGAAGCUCGCAUGUCCAUGGGAAUCUGCCCGCAGCACAAUGUGCUCUUCGAUGAGAUGAGUGUGUCGAAUCACAUUCGAUUCUUCAGUCGUAUAAAGGGACUCCGCGGUGAGGAGGUCGAGUCUGAGGUGGCCAAGUAUCUGAAGAUGAUCGAGCUGGAGGACAAGGCGAAUGAGCCCUCAUCGAAACUCUCUGGAGGAAUGAAGCGCAAGCUCUCCGUCUGUUGUGCCCUAGUGGGGGGUACGAAGGUGGUGAUCUGCGAUGAACCGAGUUCCGGAAUGGAUCCAGCUGCCAGGCGGCAGUUGUGGGAUCUCCUUCAGAAGGAAAAGGUGGGACGCACCCUACUACUUACAACACACUUUAUGGACGAGGCUGAUGUGUUGGGCGAUCGCAUUGCCAUCAUGUGCGACGGCAAACUCGAGUGCCUGGGAACCUCCUUCUUUCUGAAAAAACAGUACGGAUCGGGAUACCGAUUGAUCUGUGUUAAGGGCGAGAACUGCGCAACGAACAAGGUUACAGCCCUAUUGAACCGGUUCAUUCCGGGUCUGCAACCGGUGUGCAAUAUUGGCGCUGAGUUGUCUUACCAACUGCCGGAUCAGGAUUCUCCCAAGUUCGAGGAGAUGUUCAGCCAGCUGGAGGACAACUCAGAGAAGCUGCAUCUCAAUGGCUAUGGCGUGAGCAUCACCUCGCUGGAGGAAGUGUUCAUGAAGGUCGGCGCCGAAAAGGAUAGCACUGGUAAACUGAAGGACCAAAGCGAGAUUAUGAACGGGUACAAAGAUGUUAAGUGUAAGCAGGGUUUUGUCUCGGAAUAUCAAAACCGGCUUCAGGGGUUGCAGCUCCUAUCGAAUCAGUUGAAGGCCAUGUUGCUCAAGAAGCUCCUAUAUACGUGGCGAAAUAAGUUGCUUCUUUUCGUUCUUAACGUCAUCCCCGUGUUUUUCCUACUCAUGACUUAUAUGACCGCAGUAACGAAGGAUGAUCUAGAGCCUAUGACCUUUUCGUUAACUCAGUACGACUCGGCUGUGACUGUUCUAGAUCUCUCCAGAGUAUCGAACGGAUCGCAGAGCUAUAAGAUUGGUCAAAAAUAUGCUGACCUGGUCAAAUCGUACAGCGAAGAUUACAAACUGGAACUGACUGACAAAAAGGACUUUGAGGACUACAUUCUCAAAGUUGAUGGAACGAAGCAAACAGGGAUUAACUCGCGUUACCUGGUGGGCGCUUCAUUUUCCAAUGAUGGGAUAGUUGCAUGGCUGAACAACCAGGCCUAUCACACUGCUCCACUGACCAUCAACCUGGUGCACAACGCCAUGGCCAAGGCACUAGUAGGUCCACAAGUGCAGAUCCAGGUCACCAAUGCACCUGUACGCUACCCUCCUAGCUCCAAAUCUAUGAAAAACGCAACUUAUUUGAUGGCCGCUUGGGUUUCGAUAAGUCUGUACUUCGGCAUAUGUUUUGUGAGCUCGAUGUAUGUCUUGUUCCCGAUCAAGGAGCGUGGAUCCAGGGCCAAACUUCUCCAGUUCGUUGGCGGCGUAAAAUUGUGGAUAUUCUGGCUUUCGCAGUUUAUUGUCGACUUCGCCACACACUUCGUGACGUCCUUGAUCGUGUUAAUCACGAUCAUGUUUUUCAAGGUGCCAGGCUUUAUGGCCUUCAACGAACUCGGCAGCUACUUCGUUCUGCUACUGAUCUAUGGAUUCUCUGUGUUACCAUUCACCUACCUAAUGGCGUUGUUCUACAGAGAACCAGCCACCGGAUUUGCUAGGACCUCAUUUGUUAAUAUAUUUUUAGGAUUUGCAUUGGUUACGUCGUUUAUAGUGGUGGUCAGCCUAAGUGAUGAUAUAGAUAUUAUUUCAGAUUUGUAUUGGUCAUUUCACAUCUUUCCGCAAUUUUCGCUAGGGAUAGGUAUAGCCAAUAUAAACUUCAACGUAUACGCAAGAAGUAUAUGCGCAAUCGGGGUUUUAUAUAGCGAAGUCUGCGAUACGAAACCAGACUGCUGCAUUCCGUUUCUAUCCUGGAGAAGAUUUGGUGUAUUUUGGGAAUUGAUCUUCAUGACCGCUUCCGGCAUUUUAUCCUUCCUCAUCCUUUUCCUGAUGGAGUUCCGAUUGAUCCCGCUGCUAGUGUUCAAGAUUCGGCAAAAACUGACUAAAGAGCCGUCGCCUCCGACCGACGGUCACUUAGAUGACGACGUGGAUCAUGAGCGGAAGCGCAUUCUUUACAUGACUGCCGAUGAGAUUUCCUCCAAGAAUCUGGUGCUGGAUCGGGUGACGAAAUACUACGGUCAGUUCCGAGCCGUUGAUCAGGUGUCGCUCUGCGUAAAGAAAGCCGAAUGCUUUGGCCUGCUGGGCGUGAAUGGAGCCGGCAAAACGACCACGUUUAAGAUGAUGACCGGCGAAGAGUGGAUCAGCUCGGGAGCCGCCCACGUCCAAGGUCGGACCCUGGGAUGGGACAUGGGCGGUAUCUACAAGAUGAUCGGCUACUGCCCGCAGUUCGAUGCACUUCCGGCGGGACUCACGGGUCGCGAGGUGCUUCGAAUUUUCUGUCUGCUUCGCGGUAUUCCGCAGAAGGACAUCCGGCAAGUAUCCGAGAAUCUGGCCAAUUCUUUCGGUUUCAUGAAGCACAUGGACAAACGGACAGAUGCGUAUAGUGGGGGAAACAAGCGAAAGCUCAGCACGGCCAUUGCAGUGAUCGGCAGUCCGUCCGUGAUUUACCUAGAUGAGCCCACGACCGGCAUGGAUCCAGCGGCCAGGCGGCAGCUGUGGAAUAUGGUCAGCCGCAUCCGGGAAUCCGGAAAGUCCAUCAUCCUGACCUCCCACAGCAUGGAGGAGUGUGAGGCCUUGUGCACUCGACUGGCCAUUAUGGUGAAUGGAGAGUUCAAGUGCCUGGGCUCUACGCAGCAUCUGAAGAACAAGUUUUCCAAGGGCCUGAUCCUCAGGAUCAAGGUGCGUCGUAAUCUGGGUCGCAGUCACCAAGAUAUCGAUGCCGUCAAGGCGUUUGUGAGGGGGACAUACCCUCACUCCAUUCUCAGGGAUAAUACGCUAGGUCUGUUAACCUUCUACAUUCCAUUGACUGAGGUGAAAUGGUCGCGCAUCUUCGGGAUGAUGGAGAAGAAUCGCAUCCAGCUGAAUGUGGAGGAUUACUCAAUCAGCCAGACCACGCUGGAAGAGAUCUUUUUGGAGUUUGCCAAGAACCAGCGAGAGGAAUCCACUGCAGAAAAUAAAACCAACUAA